GACCCCCUCUGAACCCCCCAGGACCCACCCCCGGGCCUCCGCGGCUCCUCCCCCGGCCCCCCCCAGUGUCCCCCCCCGGCCCCCUUUCAGCCCCGGGUCGGCGCGGGGGGCUCCCGGGGAUGCCUCCCCGCCAUGUGGUACAUCAUGCAGAGCAUCCAGAGCAAGUACUCGCUGUCCGAGCGCCUGAUCCGAACCAUCGCCGCCAUCCGCUCCUUCCCCCGCGACAACGUCGAGGAGCUCAUCGGCAGGGGUGCGGACGUGAACUGCCUGCACGGGACGCUGAAGCCUCUGCACUGCGCCUGCAUGGUGGCUGACGCCGACUGCGUGGAGCUGCUGCUGCAGAAGGGAGCCGAGGUGAACGCGCUGGACGGGUACAGCCGCACGGCUCUGCACUACGCCGCCGAGAAGGACGAGGCCUGCGUGGAGCUGCUGCUGGAGUUCGGCGCCGACCCCAACGCGGCCGACGGCAACCGCGACACCCCCCUGCACUGGGCGGCCUUCAAGAACCACGCCGAGUGCGCGCGGGCGCUGCUGGACGGCGGCGCCCUGGUCAACGCCCGCGACUACAACGCGGACACGCCGCUCAGCUGGGCCGCCAUGAAGGGCAACCUGGAGAGCGUGGCCGUGCUGCUGGACUUCGGCGCCGAGGCGCGCGUGCGCAACCUCAAGGGGCAGAGCCCGGCCUCGCGCCUCGUGGCGCUGCUGCUGCGCGGGCUGGGCUCGGAGCGCGAGGACUCGUGCCUGGAGCUGCUGCGCCGCGCCGCCGGACACCUGGAGCCCUGGGAGGCGGCGGCGGCGGCGCGGGGGGAGCGGGACCCGCGGCUCGGGGAGAGGCUGGGCCGGCUCGGAGCCGCCCCCGGCAGCCUGCAGGGCCUGGCGCGAUGCGCCGUGCGCCGCAGCCUCGGGGUGCGCUUCCUGCCCGAGGCCGUCGAGCAGCUGCCCCUGCCCACCAGCCUCAAGGAGUACCUGCUGCUGCUCAGCUGAGGGACAGAAACCCUGCAGCAGCUUCCUCAAGGAGUACCUGCUGCUGCUCAGCUGAGGGACACAAACCCUGGAGCAGCUUCCUCAAGGAGUAUCUGCUGCUGCUCAGCUGAGGGAGAACCUUGGAGCAGUCUCCUCAAG